AGUGAUUUUGUUUCCAUGUGUUUAUUUGUCUGCAUCAUUGGCAAAAUCUCUCAUAAAGCAACUAUCGGUGUGGCUGUAGGUGCGUUGGUGUUUCCUCUCAUUGACCCAUUUGUUGUUCUGUCUCCACAGUACUUCGAGGUGCCCUUUGACUCCAACAUGAACCGUACAAAGAACCGGCCGCUUGUCAGAGGACAGAUCAGUCCCCUCCACGCUGUGUCAUUUGCUCUGGCCUGUGGCAUUCCUGGAGUGGCUCUGCUCACUCUGGCAGUAAACCCGCUGACGGGCUUCCUGGGUGCGCUCAACAUCUUUCUGUACACCUGUUGCUACACACCGCUGAAGAGACUGAGCAUCGCCAACACCUGGGUCGGAGCGGUGGUUGGAGCAAUACCCCCGGUGAUGGGCUGGACCGCUGCCACAGGCUGCCUGGAGCCAGGUGCUUUGGUGCUGGGCGGUUUCCUCUACUGCUGGCAGUUCCCCCACUUCAACGCUCUCAGCUGGAACUUGAGGGAAGACUACUCCCGCGGCGGCUACCGCAUGAUGUCCGUCACGCACCCCGCCAUGUGCAGGCGGGUGGCGCUGCGCCACAGCUUGGGUCUGAUCGUCCUGUCGGGCCUAGCGCCGGCGCUGGGCGUCACCACGUGGGCCUUCCCCUUCGUCUCCUUACCCCUCAACCUGUACCUCAGCUACCUGGCGUUCCGCUUCCACCGCAGAGGAGACCGCAGCAGCGCCCGCAAGCUCUUCUUCUGCAGCCUGUGGCACCUGCCCACGCUGCUGCUGCUGGCGUUCACCUGCAAGAAGUUCGGCAAGCGUCAGGAGUGUCCGGCCUUCAGGCUGCUUGCUAACUAGUGCCGUCGUCGACAACACAACUGAGACUUUUAGUUUGAACCACAGGAGAUCUUCUGACGAGCUGCAUCACAGAAAACACACAAGUUCACCACUUCAGCUUCUUUUAAAUGUGUGUAAAUACUCUUGCUUAUAUAUUACAGGUCUCAACAGUUUCUCAAGUGUUUUAUCUGACUGACUGUACAGUUUCAUAACUGUUGUCCUUCAUGUGAGGGAACGAGGCAAACUGGGACUUCCUGUUUAAAGUCAGUUUGGUGUACACGAGCUGAGCCACACCAGCUUCAAUUACCUCUACGAACUGUUUAAAUCCAAAUCAGGAUUUGUUUGAUUUUAGGUGGGAAAACGGGACAAAUCYAACACCAUCAAGUCUUCGUUUGAUGCCUUUUACUUGACGGUUAAAAACCACUUCCUGUUUGUAAACAAACAGCACGUCCAGGUUUCAGUUUUUGCUGCUUUGAGGGAUCAGUCGUUCCCCUUGAGACUCGGAUAUUGUCCAACAAUAAACACGUUCUGACUAA